UCUCAUCAGUGACUAUGCCACUAAAUUAUAUUAAUGCAAUUAAUGAUGACUGGUUUUGUGCCAAUGUAAAAUGUCAAUUCAACAUUUUAGGUGCCAAGAGCAAUGACUUGUCAAAUCCAGACUAUGUGCCCUCCAUCAACUUGGGCUAUAAUGAGGCAAGGAGACAGACAGAUAGUGGACAAAGACAGUCCAGAUUUCUAAGGGCAGAAAAGCGAGAAAUCAGAAAGCAGCAUGUGGAGGCAGCAUCAGUUCUUUUAGACCUGGCCAGGCAGGAAAAGAGAGCAGCUUCCCCAGAAAAAGACUUUUCAGAGCCGUCCACAUCAAUUCAUGAUUCUUGUGUGCAGAAAAUUUGUGACCUCCGGAAAGAAACUCAGCAGCUCUAUGCAGAGUUAGGACGACUUCAAGAGGAAAAUUUGCGUUUGGCAACCUUAUUAAACAAGCAACAUUUAGAACAACAAGUGAUAGAAAGUGAUAGAAAGCUGCAAUUUCACACUGGCAUUCCAUCCGUGGCAAUAUUCUUGUGGCUGCUUUCAUUUGUGGAAUGUGUGUUACCUACAAGCAGAGUCAUGUCAUCUAAGAGUGUUCUAUUGUGUGUUCUUAUGAAGCUAAGGUUAAAUCUGCAGCAUCAGGAUCUAGCCUAUCGGUUUAAUGUUUCGCUGACCACAAUUUCUGACAUUCUUAAUCAAGGACUUCCAAGACUUGCUAGAAAACUUUGUUUCCUUAUUCAGUGGCCAGAGAGAGAGUACCUGAUAGCAAAUAUGCCACACAUAUUCAAGGUCUCAUACCCAAGGUGUUCCAGCAUCAUUGACUGUUUUGAAGUCUUUAUUCAGAGACCUGGAAAGCUAACAGCUAGAGCACAGACAUGGUCUAACUAUAAACAUAAUAACACCAUAAAGUUUUUGGUUUCCAUAACACCAACAGGGGCCAUUUCUUUUGUAUCAAAAGCAUUUGGUGGGAGAACAUCAGACAAAGUGAUCACACUAAGAAGUGGAUUUCUGGACAACAUUCAGUAUGGUGACCAGGUUUUGGCAGAUCGGGGGUUUUUAAUUUCAGAAGACUUGGCCAACCGUGGUGCAACACUUGUUAUACCUUCAUUUACCAAGGGAAAGGCCCAAUUAUCUGCUAAAGAGGUUGAACUGUCUCGCAGGAUUGCUCAUGUGCGCAUUCAUGUUGAGAGAGCUAUAGAGAGACUAAAGAACUUUAACAUCUUGAGUUCGAAUAUGACAAUGCACAUGGUCCCACAUGCCGACAGUGUAGUUACCAUUUGUUCUGCGCUCUGCAACCUGCAACCUAAACUAGUUAUGUAAAUAAGAAAAUUCUCUCACUCAAGAAGUGACGUUUGUUUGAAAUUAUUUUAUUUUAACUAUUUUCUGUGUGUAAAAUUUUUAAACUGAAUUUAAAAUGGUAUUUUUUCCUUUACAUGUAU